AUGGACAGCAGCUCCAAAGAAGCGCUGAUGGAGGAGGCACCUCCGCGGUACACGGCCUCCCCCCGCCUGCCCUGCGUCCCCCACCAGCUCAAGUGCCUCCUGAUCGUGGUGGUGGUGGUGGUCAUCCUGGUGGUGGUCAUCGUCGCCUUCCUCCUCCUGGGGCUGCACAUCACCGAGACGCACGCCGAAACGGUCUUGCGAAUGACCAUCCAGGGCCUGGAUGGCGAAGGGACCCCCCAGCACCUCUCCAUGAGCAAGAAGGAAAGGACUGGGAUGUUCGCCGUGCGGGACGGGCUCAACGCCUCCGCCAUGGUGGUGUACGACUACAGCAAGCUGCUGGUCGGCUACAGGUCCUGGCGUCACCGCGCCUGCUACAUCACCCGCGUGGACAAGGAGAACAUCCCGGGGCUGGAUGCCGUCACUGAGACCUUCCAGCGCCGGCAGGCUGAGAUGAAGGAUGCCGGGGACAACGCCGUGCCCCUGGCCGACCGCUCCAUCCUGGGCACCACCGUUAACAUCCUCUGCAGCACCGUCCCCGUCUACUGGGCAUAG